UAUAGAUAGUAUUCUCAUUGAUAUGUUCGGAUAACGCUCCCACUUCUUUUCAUUAAUACAGCUACGUACCAAUAUCCGAUACCAAAUUAUAGUUGUGUUAAUAAAACAAACGGCAGCUUCACACAUCGAUGUUACUAUUUCAUACUAGUAAAGACAAUUUCUUUCAAGGUUCAUAUUACAUGUGACGAACUGUGAAACUAUAUAAAUACAUAUAUUAUUACGUUUUUUUCACUGUUAAUGAAAUCAAAGAAUUCUACUCCAGCGGCUUAUAAAAGUAAGACCUAAACAGAGAAAAAUUAAAACAGUUAAAGUAGGUGCUGGACUUGGACACAAAAAAAGGUUACAGAUAGUGAUGAACACAUUUCAAAUAGUUGCCAUGACAAUCGUAAAAGUUCUAUGUGUUUUAGUCAUUUACAAACAAACGUGGAGUGUAAACGCUCAAAAAUCAGACACAAACUGGCAGGCAGUGUAUAACAGUUUUUAUAGAGAUCCAUAUGAAGUGGACCAAUUAAUGUCGCCAGAUAUUUCACAGUAUAAUCGACCUCAACUUGCGAAAAGAAAAAUCGAUAGAUUCCGAUUUUUUCACAGAGGAAUUGGUAAAAGGUCAACUGAACUAUUCUUAGAUGACACUAAACAGACAAAUGACGAAAUAGAUGACUCAAAUAUGAUUUAUAAAAUACAGAAAAUGUUGACUGAAGGUAACGAUUUUGGAAAAGGAAUUUCGAGCAAUCAGCAGUAUAUAUUAGCAAGACAACCAGAUUUCUUGUUCAAGAAGAUACAACAGCUAAGAAACCUUCAAAUAAAGAGAGCACCAGAAUUUUUCUCGGAAAAUCUGUAUCCUUUGCAGUCCGGCAAACAGAAGUUAGAGGCAACUCUUGAUCAAACACUGAAUAGUGAUGAAGAUGACUUUGAUAACAACAACCUAAAUUUUGAUAAUUCGGUCGACAACGUGGCAUCAAACACAGAAGAAUUGUCCAAUGAAGUGCCUCAUAAAAAUAUGGCAACAAAAUCUCCUUUUGACAUUUCUUUCGCAUCUCCAGAUUUAGAUAUAGAUUUUGAAAAACAAGAUAAGAAUAAUUUGGAGCAUAUUGAACAAAAUGUUAUCAAUAAGGGACAAAAAUCUAAAAGGUGGUGGGCUGCAAAUAUGUUUAGCAAAUUCCGCUCACCAAAGUCAUGGAAUCGGAGAGUUACGAACGCUAUACACGCCGAUCCGGCUAUUUAUUUCAUCGGACUAGGAAGAUAAAAUUCAAAGAAUGCAAGGAUACUGUUUUUCAUGUUCUGAAAAAACUUUUACAUUGAUAAUGUAUUAGCUUUUAACAUCAAAUUACAAAUAAUUUCUUUGCCACAUGAUUAGGCAAUUUAGUAUUGUAAAUACUAACUUUUUAAGGUUAACCAAUAUUCUUAUCUUUAUCUAUAGCAAACUAUUACUAAGAUAUUACAAUUAAAACAAAUUUAUUGUCAUAUUA